GGGGCUGCGGGCUGCGGCGGGAUGGGAGCGCUCCGGGCCGGUGCCCUCGCCUUCCUCCUCCUCCUCCUCGUCGUCGGCUGCCUCCUGCCCCGGCGCGGCCCGCUCAGGCUGGUCUCAGGGCGGGAGGAGGUUAAAGCUGGCUCCCGAAGCUCACCCCAGCCCAUGUCCCCCUCUGAUUUCCUGGACAAGCUUAUGGGACGAACCUCAGGCUACGACGCCCGCAUUCGACCCAACUUCAAAGGUCCACCCGUCAACGUGACGUGCAACAUCUUCAUCAACAGCUUUGGCUCCGUGACCGAGACCACCAUGGACUACCGUGUGAACGUGUUCCUGCGGCAGCAGUGGAACGAUCCCCGCCUGGCUUACCGCGAGUACCCCGACGACUCCCUCGACCUCGACCCCUCCAUGCUCGACUCCAUCUGGAAGCCAGACUUGUUCUUCGCCAACGAGAAAGGGGCCAAUUUCCACGAGGUCACCACCGACAACAAGCUCCUGCGCAUCUUCAAGAACGGCAACGUGCUCUACAGCAUUAGGCUGACACUGAUACUGUCCUGCCCCAUGGACCUCAAGAACUUCCCCAUGGACAUCCAGACUUGCACCAUGCAGCUGGAGAGUUUUGGCUACACCAUGAACGACCUCAUCUUCGAGUGGCUGGAGGAGCAGGAGGCCGUGCAGGUGGCAGAGGGCUUGACACUCCCACAGUUCAUCCUCAGGGAUGAGAAGGACCUGGGCUAUUGCACCAAGUACUACAACACAGGCAAGUUCACCUGCAUCGAGGUGAAGUUCCACCUGGAGAGGCAGAUGGGUUACUACCUGAUCCAGAUGUACAUCCCCAGCCUGCUCAUCGUCAUCCUCUCCUGGGUCUCCUUCUGGAUCAACAUGGACGCGGCGCCAGCCCGGGUGGGCUUGGGCAUCACCACGGUGCUCACCAUGACCACGCAGAGCGCCGGCUCCCGGGCCUCCCUGCCCAAGGUGUCCUACGUGAAGGCCAUUGACAUCUGGAUGGCCGUGUGCCUGCUCUUCGUCUUCGCCGCCCUGCUGGAGUACGCGGCCGUCAACUUUGUGUCCCGCCAGCACAAGGAGUUCGUGCGCUUGCGCCGCCGCCAGCGACGGCAGAGGAUGGGCCUGAGCAGCGGCACGGCCAGCCUGGAGUCCCUGCGGCAGCUGAGCAGCCGGCACGGCAGCGAGCACACCUACGCGACGCUCUCGCAGCUCUCCAGCUCCCGGGAGGAAGAGCUCAGCCGUGAGAGCCGCUUCUACCUGCGAGGCUACGGGCUGGGCCAGUGCCUGCAGCCCAAGGAGGGAGCCGGGGAGGGCCCCGGGGUGUACAGCCCCCCGACAGCCAGCGCCGUGCUGCGGGAGGGGGAGAGCCUCCGCAGGCGCUACAUCGACCGGGCCAAGCGUAUCGACACCAUCUCCCGAGCCGUCUUCCCCUUCACCUUCCUGGUCUUCAACAUCUUCUACUGGGUGGUUUACAAAGUGCUGCGCUCAGAGGACAUCCACUUGGUGCCCUGAGGCUGGGAAAGUGUGACUGCCUCUCUUGGUGUGACCAGAACUAUGUUUCCCUCUGUCCCAGAGUGGUGGCACAGCUGGGCUGGGCCUCAGAACCCAGAUGUGUGGCAGCCCCCGUGGCCCACUGGAUUCGGUGGCACGAAGCUGGGGGAUCAACAAUCACAGGUCCCCAUGGUCAGCUGGAGAGAGGGACCCCUCCUGCUCCCUGCAUGGUGUCACCCCCAGGUACCCCGGGAUGUGCUGUCAGGGCACAGGGAAACAACUGCUCCCCAGGAAUGCCGUGCUGCUGGGGGAAGCCCCAAGUAUCCAGGGAGAGCCCCGGGUACUUUGGCACAGCCAGCGGCCAGAAAACAUCACCUUCCAGAAAAAUACCUUCCCCCUCUCCACACCUACCACGUUAGGCUGCUGCUUCUCCCGCCUGCACCACCGAGCUGCAGGCCCUGAGCAGCCAGGGAUUAGGACACAAUCCUCUCCUCUGGCCUGGAGCUUGGUUGCAGGAAAGAGCAGGCAGCACCCCUGCCUGCACCUGGGCUGUACGGGGUGCUGGCCCCAGAGCCCCCUGCCCCUCUGCCCCAGCCAGCUCCAAUGCACAGCGAAGCAGCAGCUCGGGGAUGCCGCCCUCCCUGCAGAGCUCAGAACUGCCCGUGGUGCCCAGGGCUGCAGGCAGGACUGUGGCAGGGACAGCAGGGAGGAGGAUCCAAGGAAAUGCCAGCCCUGAGGCAGGCAGCAGGCAAGCUCAAUCCUACUGAAGGCCACUGCAGUUGCAGAUGGGAGUCACUCGGCACUGGGGAGAUGGCAACUGCAUUAUCAGCAGCGUGGGACCCCACAGCCCGUCUUUCAAGGGAGAUUUUUCGGGAUGAAAGCAGUGGGGAAAGCUUGGCCAAUCUUUUUGGAGGAGCAGAAUGAGAGGUGGCAUCCCCAGACCGCUGCGUUCCCGCAGCACCGCGGUGCCAGAAGAGAGAUGGAGGUGAAAAAUGCCCCAUUCCCCAGCCCAGCAUCCGGGUGCAGCAUCCCCUGGUUCAUCCAUAAUACUCCUCCACGGGAGAGGAGAGCUACUGGAACCCUGGCAGGACAAGCUCAGCAAGGCUUCCAGCCCUCCAGACCUGGAUACCCUCCAUGCUUUGCAGGAAAUAAAAGCAGCAGGUGAUGUUUAAGCCCUCCAGAGAGGAGUGUGGUGAUGCUCUCCUUUCCCUCUGCCCACAGUCAGGCUGGAGGAGGUUGCAGCCCAGCAGGCCCCAUGGCCAUGGGUGCAGGAGAGGGUUCAGAGUCUUCCAGGGCAGGAUGGAAAUAGGAUUCAAACCUUUUCUCAAAGAAAGUGCUCCCAUGGCCGUGGCAGAAUGGAGGGCAGGGGGGACAUGGGCAGGAGGCCAGCACUGUCUUCUGAAACCAGACCCAGGCAGAAACCCCAGCUGUGAUCCCUGGCCUGGCUCCUCAGGCACCACUCAUCACCCUCUUCCUCGCGGGACUGACCAGCAGCAUCCUCCAGAGCCCCUCUGAGCCCCCCGAGCCCCACAGAGCGCUCAGCCACGCGCACCCCUUUCACAGAUGGGGCAAGCAGAGAGCUGGCCCCCGAGCCACCCCAUGAGGGGACUGAGGGACCCCCAAGGACAGGCUGAGCCAGCUCCAUCCCAUCGCCAGCAGUGUGCAUGCCUCCCCUGCCGUGGGGCUCCCCAUGGGGCCCUGCCCUGUGUCUCCAGGCCAGUCUUGCUUUUGGGGGGGCCCCAUUUGGAGGCACCCAGCACCCAAACAGGGAGGUACCAGUGUCUGAGCAGCACCCACAGGCACUGGGCGGCCGCGCCAACCUCCAGCAGCGGUGGGUUUUUAAUUUAAACAGCAUCGAUCUUCCUACGCAAAUAAAGC